AUGCAAAGCCCGAAAGCGAUACAUGANGUCCGGCCACCGCCUCCACCUCCUCCACCGCCACCACCUGUCCCGUCUGGAUCCACCUGGGACUUCUGGGACCCGUUCAUGCCGACCGCCGGACGGUCGGCCGACGAGGAGGAGUGGGAGGAUGCCGCCACAGCCACCACCACCACCACCACCACCACCGCCGCCACCGCCGCCAACGUGGCUGGGCCGCCGUCGGUGGUCACCGCCACCACCACUACCGAAAACAGCGAGCUGGCGGUGGUGGUCUCGACCAAGAGCAAAGAUCUGGUAGAGAUCAUCCGAGAGCUCGACGAGUAUUUUCUCAAGGCCGCAAAUGCUGCGGCUCCACUCUCGUUGCUAUUGGAAGUCCCCGUUUCUAAUCUCGCAUCCUCCGGUUGGGAUUUUGGGUUGGGGAAGAGUUCGAGUGCUUUGCUGUGGAAUUGGGGAUCGGGCAGUGCGAGAUGGAAUGCGUUUGGGAAAUUCUGUGAGGAUCCUAAUGUGGGGACUUGCGUGGCUGGUGAUGGUAAUUCGAGUCAUUGUUCGACAGUCGAGAGGUUAUACGCCUGGGAGAAGAAACUCUACCAGGAAGUUAAGAACGCAGAACAUUUUAAAUUGGAGCAUGAGAAAAAGACAGCAAUAUUAAGGAAACUGGAGAUGAAGAAUGCCGACUACAUCAAAACCGAGAAGGCCAAAAAGGAAGUCGAGAAGCUGGAAUCACAAAUGAUGGUUGCUUUACAGGCGAUCGAGACCACCUCUGCCGAGAUUAUCAAAUUGAGGGAAUCAGAGCUUUAUCCACAGCUCCUUCAGCUAGUCAAAGGGUUGACGAGCAUGUGGCGGAGCAUGUACGAGUACCACCAGGUACAAAUUCACAUAGUCCAGCAGCUCAAAUACCUCGACUGCACCACCCCUUCCUUAGAGCCCACCUCCGAGAUCCACCGCCAAACGACCCUCCGCCUUGAACUCGAAGCCCAGCAAUGGCACCUCUCCUUCUGCAACCUCAUCCGGGCCCACCGCGACUACAUCCAGUCCCUCUCUGGCUGGCUCCGCCUCACCCUCUUCCAAGUUUCUGCCGGGCCUCAAGGCCCGGCCCGCAAAUCCAGCCCACAGGACUCAUCCAUCUACCCCCUCUUAGAAGAAUGGCAGCUGGCGGUCAACAACGCCCCCGACAAAGUGGCCUCGGAGGGCAUCAAGAGCUUUUUGUCGAUGAUACACGCUAUUGUGGUCCAGCAAGCGGAGGAGCGGAAGCAGAAGAGGAAGUCGGAGGCCGUGUGCCGGGAGCUGGAGAGGAAGGCCGGCGAGCUGAGGUCUUUGGAGACUAAGCAGCUCGGUUUGGAUAAUUUGAGGGAGAAAAGGGGAAAAGUGGAAGGGUUGAGGGCAAGGGCUGAGGAAGAGAGGGGAAGGCAUGAGAAGGCGGUUGGGGUGACUCGGGCAGUUACGGUUAACAAUCUGCAGAUGGGGCUGCCACAUGUGUUCCAGGCUAUGACGGGCUUUGCGAAUGUGUGUAAGCAGGCGUUCGAGUCUGUUCAGAAUGGGGCACGUGCUGCGGAGGAUCUGCAUGGGGUAAAGUUGAUACUGCCUUCGAAGGUUUCUUCUUGACUUGAGGGGUGGAAAUAAGGUAGGUAAGUGUAAUUUAGGUGUUUUAUGGUGGUGUAGUGGUGUGGUGUGUAGGUGUGUGUUUGGGUGGGUUAGAUUUGAUGAUAGUUUUAGGUUUGUGGUUGUGUUUUUAGUAGGGUUUUCUUGACUUGGUUUGGUUGUUUUACUUUUGGGCUUGUUUUAUUUAUCUUUGGAUUGUUCACAUUUGUUUUUUUUUAUCUGGUUUUUGGGUUGUGUGUAUAUUGGUGUUCUUGUAUUGAAUGAAAUGAGGGAAGGGUGGUGGUGAUGGAAUGGGAAAGAAUUUGAGGCCAGUCACACUUUCAAAAUCUGAUUCUUGAAAUUAAAAUUGAAUUAAAAUAAAACA